AUGGGUGACCAGCCGGAUGAGAUCAGGCUCAAGCCAAACAAGGACGGUUCUUUCAUUCGGCCUGACAGCGCCUUUCGCCGUUUCAUAUCAAAGGAUCAAAACUCUCAGUUUCCGGCUGAGGAAGCUCGUUAUGUUCUGUAUUUGAGCCCUGGAUGUCCAUGGUCUCAUCGCGCCAUGAUCGUUAGAAGCCUCAAGAAACUUGAGGAUGUAAUCGAUCUGUACAUCUGCUCGCUCACUAUGGGCAAAGACGGUUGGCACUUCGAUGAUAGCCCAGAAGCUGCCAAGUAUGGUGUGCUCCCCAAGGAUCCACUAUAUGGACUCGACACGUUGAAGCAACUAUAUCUCAAGGCCAACCCAAAUUAUGAGGGUCGUUACACCGUGCCCGUCCUUUGGGAUAAGAAGACUCACACCAUGGUGAGCAACGAGUCGAGCGACAUCAUUCGGAUGCUCUACACGGAGUUCGACCACUUUCUUCCCGAGGAAGAUCGUGAAAGUCACAAACUUGGAAGCCAACUCUACCCGGAGCGCUUGAGAGACAAGAUCGAUGAGAUCAACGAAUGGGUUUACGACACUGUCAAUAACGGUGUUUAUAAGACUGGCUUCGCAACAACUCAAGCUGCAUAUGAAGAAAACGUCGUAAAGGUCUUCAAGUCACUCGAUCGACUGGAGAGAAUCCUCGACAACGGACCGUUUCUUCUCGGCAAGCACAUCACCGAGGCUGAUAUACGUCUCUUCCCAACCAUUCUCCGUUUCGACGUUGCGUACGUCCCUAUCUUCAUGUGCAACCUUGGAACCAUCAGGGAUCACUAUCCAAAUUUGCAUCUUUGGUUGAGGAGACUUUACUGGGACAUUAGCUUCAGAACUGAAGGCGCGUUUCGAAAGUCUUCCGAGAUUUGGCUUGAGAAGUACAAGAAUGGUUAUGCGAAUGCUAGACGAAGGGUACUCGGUAUCACUGGGCCGGAUAUUGUUCCCAAGGGGCCUCUGGUGUUGAUCCACGAGUUGAAGGAGAGGGAGAGGCUUUAG